UUGAUCAUAAAAUUAGGUUUGAUUAUUAUUUUAAAAGAUAAUUACAAUCCAUUUGCCUAUAAAUAAUAAUAUUCUAAAUUUCCACCAUUUUCCUCCUCCCCUUCCUUUGUUGCCAUUGCGCCCAUUAAUAAUAUCCAGAGAAGAAACCAAGGUUGAAGAAGAAAGGGAGAGGAAUAGCUUAGCUUGUGAAUCCUCGAACAGAGCAUUUUCGAUUUCAGGGAGGCACGAGAGAGGCGACCCGUGAUAUUGUUCAUUCGAGGUCGACCACUUUUAUCUUUUCCCUCGAAAGCGGUUCUCUGAUCUUUUUCUUCCUGGAAUCGGAUUUGGUUGCUCUGUGGAUCAGUUUUUGUCUUCUGGGUUUGCUUUAUAUACUUUGCCCUGUAAAUGGGUUUAUGAUAGAUCAUUGGUUGGCCUGAAAACCAUAUCGAGCCUAAGCUUACGACUCUAGUAGUUUAUCGAUUCAAGGCUUCUUGUAACAUAUUUUGGGAAUCUUGAGCUCAUACGAUAUGGACAACAUUGCUAACCAGUCACAGGGAGGUGAUUCAUCAAUUAAAACCAAUCGAUUACAGGGGGACUCUAGCGAAUCUAAUGUUCCUACUGCAUUUGUUAAUCAUGUUCUAGUUGUAGGUCUUCUUCUCUGGAAUCAAACUAGGCAGCAUUGGGUGCAGAACAGAAAGUCCGGCAACAAAGAACAUUUGAUUCGAGAACCCAAAUUAAACACUCAUUGUCUCUGCAUGCCUAAAUCGUUCUGGCUUUGCAGUUGGAAUGCAACAUACGACAGUUUAUUGGGAAGUAACAAGCCGUUCCCACAGCCUAUACCACUUGGUGAAAUGGUUGAUUUUCUUGUGGAUGCAUGGGAGCAAGAGGGGUUGUAUGAUUGAGCAUCAUUUAUGGAAUGAAAAGCUAUUUUAAAGGUUAAGUUAGACUCUGGAAACCCUAUGGACUGUUGAAUUACAGCUAUUACAUCAACUCGACAGGUUCAAUUGCUAAAUUGGCCACUUGAGCCAAUACCCAAAAUGUAGAUUCAUGCAGAAAAAAGGAAAAACAGAACAUUAAUCCAUUUUAGCAUUCAGUUUGUUAUACUAAGUGUUCUGUGUUCUUCCUUGGGUAGUUUUUGUCGAGUUCUUGUCUGAAACUUGAGUUGCUUCCUUCUGUUCUAGUGAUGGAUUGUGUGUAGAGAGAGACACGGUGAGUUUAUUGUUUCCAUUUUUUCUUGUCGCUAAUUUGUUUUAUAAUAUAUAAAGUUUUGUUAUCUUC